AUGAAGAAAACCCUUCAGGAUGAGAUCGAAGCCAUUCUGCGGGAGAGGAUUAUGGUGCUGGAUGGAGGGAUGGGGACUAUGAUCCAGCGGCAUAAGCUAACUGAAGAAGACUUCCGAGGUCAAGAAUUUAAAGGUCAUGCCAGGCCCCUAAAAGGCAACAAUGACAUCUUAAGUAUAACUCAACCUGAUAUCAUUUACCAAAUCCAUAAGGAUUACUUGCUGGCUGGGGCAGAUAUCAUUGAAACAAAUACUUUCAGCAGCACUAAUAUUGCCCAAGCUGACUAUGGCCUCGAACACUUGGCCUACCGGAUGAACAAGUGCUCUGCAGCGGCAGCCAGAAGAGCUGCUGAGGAAGUCACCUUCCAAACAGGAAUUAAGAGGUUUGUGGCAGGAGCUCUUGGUCCAACUAAUAAGACACUCUCUGUGUCCCCAUCUGUAGAGAGACCGGAUUACAGGAAUAUUACAUUUGAUGAGCUCGUUGAUGCAUACAAAGAGCAGGCCACAGGACUUCUAGAUGGUGGGGUUGAUAUCCUACUCAUUGAAACUAUUUUUGAUACUGCCAAUGCCAAGGCAGCCUUAUUUGCACUCCAAAACCUUUUUGAAGAGAAGUAUGCUCCCCAGCCUGUCUUUAUUUCAGGGACAAUUAUUGAUAAAAGUGGGCGGACUCUUUCUGGACAGACAGGAGAGGCGUUUGUCAUCAGUGUAUCUCAUGCAGACCCGCUCUGCAUUGGAUUAAAUUGUGCUCUGGGUGCAGCUGAAAUGAGACCUUUUAUUGAAACAAUUGGAAAAUACACAACAGCCUAUGUCCUCUGUUACCCCAAUGCAGGUCUGCCGAAUACCUUUGGGGACUAUGAUGAAACUCCACACAUGAUGGCCACACACCUAAAGGACUUUGCUAUGGAUGGCUUGGUCAAUAUAGUUGGUGGAUGCUGUGGUACAACCCCAGAUCACAUCAGGGAAAUUGCUGAAGCUGUGAAAAACUGUAAGCCUCGAGUUCCACCUGCUACUGUUUUUGAAGGACAUAUGUUAUUGUCUGGUCUAGAGCCCUUCAGGAUUGGACCAUAUACCAACUUCGUUAACAUUGGAGAACGCUGUAACGUUGCAGGAUCCAAGAAAUUUGCUAAACUCAUCAUGGCAGGAAACUAUGAGGAAGCACUGAGUGUUGCCAAGACACAGGUGGAAAUGGGAGCCCAGGUGUUGGAUAUCAACAUGGAUGAUGGCAUGCUGGAUGGUUCAAGUGCAAUGACCAGAUUUUGCAACUUCAUUGCUUCUGAGCCUGACAUUGCCAAGGUGCCCUUAUGCAUUGACUCUUCCAACUUUGCUGUGAUUGAAGCCGGGUUGAAGUGCUGCCAAGGGAAGUGCAUCGUCAAUAGCAUUAGCCUGAAGGAGGGAGAGGAUGACUUCCUGGAGAAGACCCGGAAGAUUAAGAAGUUUGGAGCUGCUGUGGUGGUCAUGGCUUUUGAUGAAGAAGGACAGGCGACAGAAACAGACGACAAAAUCAGAGUGUGCUUUCGGGCCUACCACCUACUUGUGAAAAAACUGGGCUUUAACCAAAAUGAUAUCAUCUUUGACCCUAAUAUCCUCACCAUUGGUACUGGGAUGGAGGAGCACAACUUAUAUGCUGUUAAUUUUAUCCAUGCAACAAAAAUCAUUAAAGAAACGUUACCUGGAGCCAAAGUAAGUGGAGGUCUUUCCAACUUGUCCUUCUCUUUCCGAGGAAUGGAUGCCAUUCGAGAAGCCAUGCAUGGGGUUUUCCUUUACCAUGCCAUCAAGUUUGGUAUGGACAUGGGGAUAGUGAAUGCUGGUAACCUCCCUGUAUAUGAUGACAUCCAUAAGGAACUUCUCCAGCUCUGUGAAGAUCUCAUCUGGAAUAAAGACCCUGAGGCCACUGAGAAGCUCUUACACUAUGCCCAGACACAUGGCAAAGGAGGGAAGAAAGUCAUCCAGACAGAUGAAUGGAGAAAUGGCUCCAUUGAGGAACGCCUUGAAUAUGCCCUUGUGAAGGGCAUUGAAAAAUACAUUAUUGAGGAUACUGAGGAAGCCAGGUUAAACCUGGAAAAAUAUCCCCGACCUCUGAAUAUAAUUGAAGGGCCCUUGAUGAAUGGCAUGAAAGUUGUUGGUGAUCUUUUCGGAGCUGGAAAAAUGUUUCUACCUCAGGUUAUAAAGUCAGCUCGGGUCAUGAAGAAGGCUGUUGGCCACCUGAUCCCUUUCAUGGAAAAAGAAAGAGAAGAAACUAAAGGGCUCCCUGGCACAGUAGAGGAAGAGGACCCUUACCAAGGCACCAUUGUGCUGGCUACUGUUAAAGGCGACGUGCACGACAUUGGCAAGAAUAUAGUAGGAGUAGUCCUUGGCUGCAAUAAUUUCAGAGUUAUUGACCUGGGAGUCAUGACUCCCUGCGAUGAGAUUCUGAAAGCUGCUCUUGACCACAAAGCAGAUAUAAUAGGCUUGUCAGGACUCAUCACUCCUUCCCUGGAUGAGAUGAUUUUUGUUGCCAAGGAAAUGGAGAGAUUAGCUAUCAAGAUUCCAUUGUUGAUUGGAGGAGCAACCACUUCGAGAACCCACACAGCAGUUAAAAUAGCUCCGAGAUAUAGUGCGCCUGUAAUCCACGUCCUGGACGCGUCCAAGAGUGUGGUGGUGUGUUCUCAACUACUAGAUGAGAAUCUAAAGGAUGACUACUUUGAGGAGAUAGUGGAAGAAUACGAAGGUAUUAGACAGGACCAUUAUGAGUCUCUCAAGGAGAGAAGAUACUUGACCUUAAGUCAAGCUAGAAAAAAUGGUUUCCAUAUUGACUGGCUGUCGGAGCCUCAUCCAGUGAAGCCCACCUUUCUUGGAACUCGGAUCUUUGAAGACUAUGACCUGCAGAAGCUGGUGGACUACAUUGACUGGAAGCCUUUCUUUGAUGUCUGGCAGCUCCGGGGGAAGUAUCCUAAUCGAGGCUUUCCCAAGAUAUUUAAUGAUAAAACCGUAGGUGAAGAGGCCAAACGAGUUUAUGAUGAUGCCCAAAAUAUGCUGAAAGCACUGAUUAGUCAGAAGAAACUCCAAGCCCGGGGCGUGGUUGGAUUCUGGCCGGCGCAGAGCGUCCAGGACGAUGUGCACGUGUACGCGGAUGGAGCUGCGCCCCAUGCCGCCAAGCCCAUAGCCACCUUCUAUGGACUAAGGCAACAGGCUGAGAAGGACUCUGCCUGCACAGAUCCCCACCACUGCCUGUCGGACUUCAUCGCCCCUCUGCAUUCGGGCAUCCGCGACUACCUGGGCCUGUUUGCUGUCGCCUGCUUUGGAGUGGAGGACCUGAGCAGGGCCUACGUGGAGGAGUGUGACGACUACAGCAGCAUCAUGGUCAAGGCGCUGGGGGACCGGCUGGCGGAGGCCUUUGCAGAGGAGCUCCAUGAGAGGGUCCGCAGAGAGCUGUGGGCUUACUGCAGCAGCGAGCAGCUGGACGUGGCAGACCUGCGAAGGCUUCGCUACAGGGGCAUCCGCCCAGCGCCUGGCUACCCCAGCCAGCCUGACCACACUGAGAAGCUCACCAUGUGGAGGCUCGCAGACAUCGAGCGGGGCACAGGCAUUAGGCUAACGGAAUCAUUAGCAAUGGCACCUGCUUCAGCCGUCUCCGGCCUUUACUUCUCCAAUUUGAAAUCCAAAUACUUUGCUGUUGGGAAAAUUUCCAAGGAUCAGAUUCAGGAUUAUGCUUUGAGGAAGAACAUGACUGUGGCUGAGGUUGAGAAAUGGCUCGGGCCCAUUUUGGGAUACGACACAGACUAACUUCUUUUUUUCCUCUUCUAUACUUGAUGAUUCUCAAGGAAAUAUACCCUGGAGUGCCUUAAAAAUAAUAGCAAGAAGCAAGUGUGUCUGCAUGAGGCCGACAUUGGCCCUGUUUCAGGUUUUUGGAGCCUUUGGUGGAACCUUGUAGAGGAGCAGGGACUUCUGCGGUUUCCAGAAAGCAAGCAGCUCUUUCCCAGGGACCCUGAGUGAAGGACAGGCAGGAAAACUCAGCUGGUGUUCCUGGUCCCUUGGGGAUGGGCCAAGCUAGACAUGGAGGUCUUUUGCAUUUCAAAGUAAGUCAGCUUGCUCUUUUCAUUUUUUGCCUUGGCUCUAGGAAGCCAUUUAAUUUGUUUUUUCCCUCUCUCUCUCUCUCUCUCUUUGAAAAAAGCCUGACACUCAGUUGAACAGAGAAAUGUAUAGAGAAAUGUGACCCUGUGGCAAAAUGGCCCUGUGAGAAAUGGGGCAUUUUAAUCUAAAAGGUUACAACUGUAGAUUCUGUCAGGGAAGAAGAUAUGACUCUGCAUUCUCUCUGGAAGACCUCUUUUUCCAAGGGCUCGAGUAAAUGGUUGCAGAAUCCCUUUGGCAAAAGGCAUGUUCUCACUGUGGGCUUGUCAGAAAUACUCAGCUGUGUGCCCCAGUAUGGCCAAGUACAGUACCGUUCCUCAAGCAUUCUUGUUCUCUCAUCAUUUCCUAGUCCCUUGCCCUGGGGGAAAGAAAAGGAGGUGGAGAGAGAGAGUGGUUGUUACGGGUGGUGAACAUAUAUUAGUCAUUUUCUAGGAUCGAGUGGGUGCUUGGCUAAGCUGUGGUGCUCCGUGCACAGUUGAACAGGUGAAGAGCAUCGUGAUUCCACUCCAUUCUUCCUUUAUGGCGCAUGAGGUUUAGGAGUAGCACCUUGACUUGUUUCCAGUUAUGUCAGGGAAAAUGGCUGAGUGUGUGGGCUUUGAAGUCAGACAUACACGGAUUCAAAUUUCAGCUUUUCUAGUUACUUGCUGUAUGACACAGGCAAAUUGCAUAGGCUCUCCAACACUGUCUUGUCAUCUAUAAAACAGGGACAGUGAUACUAGUUCCUGUCUUGUGGGCUUGUGUGUAUUGGACGAGAUGACGCACAUAAGCAGGUGACACGAGACCUGGCAUACAGCAAGUGCUUCAUGAGUGGUAGCCUCUGGCGAGCUCUGUUCCUGGUGCCUCGAGCCUCGAGCUCAGCACCUGGUAGGAAGGGAAUCGAGAUUAAUGGAGGUGAAAAGAUAGUGGGAGGAUGCACAUGGUACUGACUGGGUUGAGUACACCGGGUGCCCUUUCCGGGAUUGUAACCCCAUUUACCACUAUGACUGGGAAGGAGAAGCUGCCCUCUCUGUCCUGGCAUCAGUUGUCCUCAUUUUCUCCUCCCCUCUGGUGACAUAAGCUGGCCUUCCCCCCAGAGCAGUUCUCUCAAAUGUGCAUUCAGGACCAUUGUUGAUGAAGGGGAAAAUACCUCGGGAACUGGUGAUGCUGCACAUCUGCAGUUCAUGUAUGUGUCCUGCAGAGGAACAUACCUUCUUCACAGGCAUCACCUGCCCUUAAAGUGAAGAGAACUCUGUGGUCUCCUUAGGUAUGUUUGAUUUGUGCCAGAUGAGGAUGGGCCUGUUUCCUGAGACUUAGUUGGAGGACUUAUUUUCUGUCCCAUAGUAGUAUGUUAUUCUAGGCAUUGGUCCAUUCUGAUGUGAGAAAAAAUAAUCUCCCCCAAACAUUUUACUGUAUGUUAUCUGGAUUACAGUUGCCAAGAGUCUCCUGAUCUCAUUAAAUACUACCAUCUCAUAGCUGUGAUGGAUGUGAUGGAAUGGCUUCCUUCCAUGCAAUGUUGAGCUAAUCCCCUGAUGGAUGCCUUUUUAUCUAAAGACGAAAACAGUUUGUGCAGUUCAGGUGCCUGUGUGUUUAUUAAAGAAUAUAAAAUAGACCUGGAAAACCCCUUCCUUGGUUUAUGUCAGGUGACUUUACAGGCAGGCAGGUAGGUAACCCUUCUGAAUGUGGGACUUUUCUAUGUUGAUGCCUGUCCAUCCAGAGACUGUCUUAUCAUCACCACCUGUGAUUCUCACAUGAACUCACUCUUAUCAUUUCCUUUCAAGAACCCAUGUUCAUGUUUCCCUCUGAAGAAGCGCUUGUUGGGAAUCUUCCCCAGUCUGCUGCUUGCCUUGCUUACUGUCCUGAGAGGCUUCUUUGUGGCUGAUGCGGGCUUUAUAUAGCCUGUUUCUCCUGAGAGAUGUUCUGCCAUCGUCCUUCCUCCGCUCAUGACCGAGCUAACGUAGAAUAGUCUGCCUGCUGUUUCUCUCAAGCUUGCCCUCAACUGAUAUUUGAGUGUCUCCUGUGUGCCAACCACCUUCUCCCUCUCUCUCAUUAACUCAAUGAAGAGGGUUUUUUUUUAUCCAUCUCUUAUGUCAUUAAUGACCUCUGAAUUGUUAGAUCCAGUGGCCUUUCCAGUGAUUUUUUUCCCUGUGGGUUUGGACAAUACUGACCACUUCUUCAAAACUCUCCUUUCUCUAGUUCCCCCUUGACAUCACUCUUCUGGCCAACCUUCUGUGUUUCUGGUCAUUUCUUAGCCGUUUUCAUAGUUGUCUCUUCCUCUGCCAUUGACUUCUGGUGUCCUCAAGGGCCUGUCCCUAGUUCCUUUCUCAGUCUGUGCAGUCUCAUCCAAUCAUCAUCUCCCUCCCCACUCCUCUGUCCUGAAGAGUAUAGCAUACAACCAACAGCCUCUUCCAGGAGGACCUGAAGACGUCUCACACCCAGUGUGUCCCGAACCAGCCUCAUCUUAGUCUUUAAAUGCUUGAUAUAUUCAGUAAUGAAGAAGGAUGCCACCACGCCAGCCACAAACCACAAACUCAUCUCAUACCAUCUUUUCCCUGGACUUUUGCAGUUAUCUAAAAAAUUUGCACAUAAAAGAUAUAUUGUCCUUCUUUAGUUGUGGUAGUAGAGAAGUUAGGGAAGGUAGUGCUUGGAUUAAGGCCUGAUUUGGGACUUGAAGGAUAAAGAUGAAGGAGCAAGGUAUGAACAAAUGAAGAACUAUCUUUGUUUAUAAAUAAAAAUAUAAAAGGUUGUAAGGGUACCAAAUCUCCCCAAGUUGAUCUAUAGAUUCAGUGCCGUUCCCCACAGAAAUUUCAACAGAGGUUUUGUCAAAAAGGGCAAGCAGAUUUCAAGUUUAUGUGAAUUAGGAAAAAACGAAGAAUGGCAGAACACUUCCAAAUAUGAAGAGGUUGAGAGGACUUACCAAAUAGUAUGUAGAGAUUACAUGUGGUGCAGAGGUAAGCAUUCUGAGCAGUGCAUGAAAUAAGGAUCCUGGAAAAUACAUGAUGCAUAUGUUGCCCUUUGAGAUACAACAGAGGUGGCUUGGCAGAUCAGUGAGGACAGGAGAAUAACUCCAUAAGUAGUGCCAGUCAGUGUGAUGAUCCGUGUGGCAAAAAUGGAAUUUGAUUUCUGCUUUCCACCUUACCUAAAAAUUACAAAUACAAUAAGGGCUUAAAAAUAAAAAGCAAAUACUAAAAUGGAAAAAAAAAAAAAAAGAAACAGGGCAGGAAAGAAUCUCUUGAGGCAUAAAGCACUAAUCAUAAAAGGCAAUCAAAUCAACUGUUUUAAAGCGAGGACUUAUGUUAAGCUAAUAAAUAAUAUAAAGAGAAGAUAAGUCAUGACUUGAGACAUAUGCAGUUACCUAACAAAGGAUUAGUAAGCUGAAUAUAUAGUGAAUUCUUACUUAAAAACACCCCAAAAACUCAAUAGACAAAUAGAGAAUACUUGAAAAGACAUUUCACAGAAGAGAAAAUACAUAGGGCUUAUAAGUGAGUAAAAGGGUGUUCCACAGCAUUGGAGAUCAGGGAAAUAUGAAUUAAGACCACACUGAGAUUCCCUUUUACAUCCAUAAGAUUUGCAAAAAAAUGCAGAGUCUAACAGGACUGGAUGCUAAAGAAGGUCUGUGAGAUUGGUGUGCAGGUGUGUAAACAGGCACCUCUGCUUUAGAAAACAGUUAUACCUCAAAAAGCUGAACAUCUGCAUACUUUGGGAUCUAGCUUAUGACUCAGGCUCACAGUCAUGUACCCAACAAACUGUGUACAUGUGCACCAGGAGGUAUGGACAAAAAUAUUCAUAGUAACAUCAUCAUAAUAGUUAAUAACUAGAAAAACUGAAAUGUCCAUUUGUCUACAGGAGAUAGACAAAUAAAUCAGGCAUAUUCACACUAAGGGAUGUUAUUCAGUUGUGAAAACAGUUGAACUACAGCUAUACCUGACAAUAAAAAUGAAUCUCAGAAAGUAUUAAGAAAAAAAUACAAGUUCCAGGAGACCAUAUGUGGUGUGAUACUAUUUUAUUGAGCUCAAAAACAAGUGAAACCAAAGAACAUAUUGUCUAUGCAUACAAAAAUGGUAAAACUGUAUUGUUAAAAAAGAAAAGAGGUAAAAACAGUAAACCCAAAUUUAGCAUAGUAUUACCUCUGAGGGGAAACAGAGCAGGUAACACAGAGGUGAACUCAGGUGUUAGUGAUAUUGUAGUCCUUGGGCUGGAUGGUAGGUUUAUGGGUGUUUAUUAUGCUUUGUAACUAAUAUGUAAUAUGUAGAGUUGUUGUAUGUAUUGAAUAUGUGGUACUUAAUAUAUACAUGAAAUAUAAAAAGAAUAAGGCAGAAUAGUAAGCUGAAGUCUAGGAUAGUGACUUUGUAAAAAAUGGUUUAUGGGUUAAAUGUAUGUUUUAAAGAAAGGAGGGAUGUUUUGGCUGGAGUGAGCCACAGCUCAGAGGCAGGGCCAGGGUGGCACGUUGGUGUCGGGCCAGCCAGCAGUGAGGUAGAGCCCGCACGUGGCCCAAGCCGCUUGGGGCUGAGUGGUGACUGCACCAUUUGGUGAGACAGAGGAUACAGGAGGGCAGAAGGGUGAGGUCUGGGCAAUCUGACCUGCCUGAACAUGGGCAGUUGGGCAUGUGACUGGAUUUGGGAAGCCUGUCUGGCAUUAGAACUAGGGUACUUCAACAUGGAGAUGGACAUAGGGCUGCAGCUGGGGCAGGGUCACCUGGGAAGAAUGCGAAGGGAGGGGAGUCCAAGGUGGGGCCGGGUUGUAGGAACAGGGAAGGGGUGGUGCAGGUGCAGCUGCAGUAAAGGACUCCAGGAGAGUAGCCUGCAGGGAGGGCUUCCAGCCUGGUCCUCCAGCUGGGCAGGGGCCUCCUCCCAGUCUUCCCCAUGGAGCAGUUUUGAGGUGUUAGGGCCCUGGGCAGAUGGUGGGUGGAAGAGUGAAAGGGAGGUGAGGAAGACUGGAGGAACAUUGGAGGGUAAGGUAGAAUGAAGAGAUUAUCUUUCAACCUAACUUCCAGAGACUGGACUUCCAACUAUCAAUCACCAAUAUUUUAAACCUGGGAGUUGUCGUUAACCCCUCCCUUCUUCUCAAACUUCACAUGCAAUUGGUUCUCACACCCUGAGCAUCACCCAUGAAAUAGUUCCAGUCCUUCUCUCCUGCCCGUGCCCUGAUUUAUGCUCUGCUUCUCUCCUGGACUCUGCAGCCCAGUGUGCUGGCUUGGCUUCGGCCUGCAGCAGAGGAGUGAGCCCUCUGCCUGUGUGCUGCUUCAGGCCUGCCUCUCAGCAAGCAGCCCCAUUACCAGGCACAUCCAACUCCUUAGAAAAGGCCCAGCUGGUCGAACUGACCCUGCCUCUAUGCCCCAGAGGCCCUACAUGCUGCCUUGCCCUGCAAGCACUGAGACGGUGCCUGCUUACACUGUGGCCUCCCCUGAAAUAACCCCACCCCUGGGCUUCAGGAAAGUGUCCCAACCAUCCCCUGCCCUCAGAGCUAAGCGGAACAAUCUCUCCUCUUGCCCCAAAAAGCAUUGUGCAUAUUUCACACUGCUGUUAUGGCCACAGAGCCUUCUAUUUCCCCAUUGGACUGUGAUCCUGAAGGGCAGGUUGGGGACUUUGUUCAUCUUUGCAUGUAUCGUGUCUCAGCACUUGGUCCCUGGCCGGUGCUCAGUAGUUUGAUUUAUGAGUUGGUGGGCAGAUCCUCUCGACUGACCCUGGUUUGUAGGGAGAGCAAAGGGCCAUGAAGCCAGGAAUGCCCCUCCGUGGGCCCAGAGUCCCUACAGCCCUGCCCAGGGUCUGCCGUAUGGUUCUUGUAGGUCAUCCCAUAAAGUGCUUUCGAUGGGUGGAGGGGAAACCACGGUGAUUUUAUCUUGCUCAGGAGACAGGCAUAAAAGCCCCAACACCCGUCUUUAAGAUCUCAUAUUAGAAGUGUCCCUGCUGGUGCUCUCUUUACUGCACCGUGAGGACAGCACGUUGGCAGCCCUCAAAAAAACCACCUCUCUUCAUGCUUACUUGCUAUCUCCAGGUUAUAGAACACAGAGUGUAUGAUAAUUGCACACAUGUGGGUUUUAAGGAAGUCUGUGCAGUGACAAUGUCUGGGAAGACACACAAGGAAGUCUUCAGUGGUCGCCUCUGGAGAAUGGGACUGGGGGACCAGGACUGAGGACUCACAGUCUCAGUCUUUCUCAUUCUUUCUACACUGUUUCAGGUGUUUACAACAAACGUAUCUUAUUAUACUUUUUAAAAAAGAUAAGCUUGGCAACAAAUCCAGCUUGAAAUGGAUGGUAUUUUGAACAAUCUGAGUGAAAAGUUAGGAUUUAAAGGAAUUAACCCUCAACUAGGUCCCAUUUCUCAACACUUGGAGUAUCUAAUUCCAUUUUCAUUCUACCCUUUUCAAAUGUUAUUUUCAAAGAUACCUUUUUGCCUCAUAUCUUGUUUUAUAAGUAUUGUUAUAACCUUUUGGAGACUCACAAAAUAAGCAAGACUCACAGUGUUUCCUAGGAAAAGAUCUUAGAAUAAAUGAUUUCUGAGAACUCUGAGAUUAGAUUUUCCACAAAAUGGAAGAAGAUAAAACCAAAACAGACUCAUGAAUGUUGUUACUCCAGUCUCUGCCCAGUCUCUGCCUUCCAUAAGGCAAAUAUACACAGCAACCUACAGGAUAGGAUGCUUGCAGCAACUGAGAAAGGAAUUUUGACCCUUUAUAAUCCUGUUUAUUCUCUUACCCAGAGAGAAACUCAGAAUAGAGAAAGGUCAUAUUUCACUCCAUAUUGUCAGAAAGAUUUCAAUUCUUAACUAUCUUUAAUCAUGUGAUAUUGUAUAUCCUGUUAGAGACAAAUAUUUAUUUUGUGCAUGUUUUCAAUAAAAAUAUGUGAAAUCCA